AUGGCGCGACAAGGCCUUAUGGGAGGCUUCGGCCUGACAGUGCAAGCGAACCGUGUGUUUGGCAAGUCCCGUGCUACUGCUGCUGUUCCAUGGUAA